AUCUAUUGUAGUGAAAAAACAGGAACUUUUCCAUCAUGUAAUACUUUAUCUGUUAUUGCAUUACUUUGGUGUAGUACAGUUGGAUGUGGGACAGGUCUUGUUAGUAGGACAAGCUGUAAAAUACAUGAAAAUGCAUUUAAAAGUCCAAAAUGUUUGCCCUCCUUUACAGUUACCAAAAGAUGUCCAGUAGGCCGGAUUGAAGCCUUUGCUAGACCAAUUCUGGUCCCCAAACCUUAUGUUUGACACCCCUCUGGCAAAACCUUUUAUGACAUUUUGCGGGAAUGUGCUGGAGAAUGGUUAGAGACAUUCCGUCUGUGAUGUUACACAUUUCCGUUCUAUACCUGCAGCUGCAUACAGCCCAGAAAUAUGCGCCUUUACCUGCCUUGACGGCUGCUAAGAAGUUGGAUGCCACCAAAGACGAUAUAAAACACUAAGAUAGCUAGCGUGCUGUCACUCGGCUUGUGAAGUCCUGUAUCAAAACCUCAAGAUGUGCCAAUGGGACAAGGAGAGCCUCCAUCUACAGGGGAAAAACAGAAUGAACUGUCCACAUUACAAAUGCAACCGAAGUGACUUCAUCUGUACAGCUAGUGCCAGAGAUCAUCCAGCUGUGUUUGAUUGACAGUGGUGCCAUGACAACCCCGCAUCAGCUCCCGGGUGUCCAAUGAGGAGUCAGAAUCAGUGUCCCUCCCUGACUCCCAGGUGAGUUUAAAAAUCAGAUUUAAGCAGAUUUCUGUCAGAUGGUUCACGGAACGCUUUCCGCCUCCUUUUUGGCUUCAGUCUGCGAGCCAGAUGGUUUUCAGGUCUCCCCUCGACUUUUUCUCAGCCUCCCGCCUCCUCCUGCCGCACUUUGCGGACGGGUCCCCUGUCCUGACUCGCUCUCAGUCCCCGGAUGACUCUUCCGGGGCUUGCGCUCCCGUUGCCCUCCCGGGAAUGUGUUUCUCUGCCGCGCAGAUCGCCAGCGUGUGCGAGACCCUGGAGGAGACCGGAGACAUCGAGAGGCUGGCCCGCUUCCUCUGGUCGCUCCCGGUGACCUCGGACGGCCGCGACUCUAUUUCUGAACACGAAUCUGUGCAGCGGGCUCGCGCUGUGGUAGCCUUCCACACGGGAAGUUUCCGAGAGCUUUAUCACAUCCUGGAGACUCACCGUUUCACGCGCGCCUCGCACGGUAAAUUGCAGGCGAUGUGGCUCGAAGCGCACUACCGGGAAGCAGAAAAGCUACGCGGGCGGCCGCUUGGACCCGUGGACAAGUACCGCGUGAGGAAGAAGUUCCCGUUACCCAGGACCAUCUGGGACGGAGAGCAGAAGACACAUUGCUUCAAAGAGCGCACCAGGGGCCUGCUGAGAGAGUGGUACCUGCAGGAUCCGUACCCUAAUCCGGGCAAGAAGCGGGAGCUGGCACACGCCACCGGACUGACACCGACCCAAGUAGGGAACUGGUUCAAAAACCGCAGACAGAGAGACAGGGCGGCAGCAGCCAAAAACAGUAAUAGGUUGCAGCACCACCACAUGUGCUCCGACAGAGCGCGUGCACUAAGCAGAGGAGGCUGUAGUCCAGACGGGAGCACAGAGCGCGCGGAUGGAGAAACUCUGCUCUCAGUAACAGACAGUGACUCCGACUUGGACGUCUGACACUGAAAAGUGCAAUAAACAUUUAGGCUCUGCCGUCGAUCAACAGUGAGGAGAAUGCGUGUGGGCAAACGCUGAUCAGGGUUUGCGCUGCAAUAAAUUCGGGGAAUAAAACGCAAUAUUAUCCCAGCCGAAUACACAGGCGAAGGUUACGUUAACCUUUUCUGGGUGUUUUUUCUUUCUUUCUGUUUUUUGGUGGUCUUCAGGUACAAAUUUUGAAUUUUAACCACCGUUUUCAUUUAAACUGCAUCAUUGGAGGGUGAGUGCACAUCUGCUGACCCAGUUUGUCAUGAACUUAAUUAAACAGGCAUCAAGCAAUGCACUCCUGUUGGACUUUAAACCCAGGGACCCCCCCAAAGAGAAGACUGAAAACUGCUAGUGAGCGAAUCACUUUCAUUCUCUCUCAUUUUCUCUAAUUAUGUGUCAUUAAAAAAAAAUCAGUCUAGUUGUUCCUUUAGAGGCUCAAGGUGGACUCCUAAAUGUUUACUGUAGACAAUCAGUCAGCACCACUGAAUUCUGCCUGCUCCCUGUCUGUUUGUAUUUUAAUAACCGUUUUUUGUCAACUUGCCAUUUUUUCGUUAUUUAAAAUUUAUUGUGUAGCCAUGUUCUGUCUACUUGAUGUUCAUUUUAAUGCUGAAUAAAUGUUUUGGUUUUUUUUUUUUUGGUAUUUUAUAGAAAUAAAGUUAUUUAUUAUAUCACUGUUAUGAAGACUUUUGUAAUGAUCCGGCACCAAAUACCUGUCAUAUGUAAACAUUUAACAGAAAAAACACAAUGUAUGAUCACAAUUUAUGAUUACAGUAAAUACAAAGUAUUUAUUGCAAAUGACUUGUAUGUGGCUUCAGCCUAAAAUGUGUUCAUAAGGGGUUA